UUGACUUUGAGAACCCAUUGUUGUUUGGUUAUCUGAGGUUUUAUUUCUGUUUUAAUUUAAACUCGUAUUUUUAUUCAUUGCUAUAUAUGAUAAUUCGUACUUUGACAAACCAACAAAUCCGAGUGUAACAUUAAUUUCUCAAAUGUCUAUACUUAUGGCAUCUAAAGCAUUGAACAUGUCGUCAGUUUGGUUUUCUUUAUAAAAAUCCUUCUCUUGGAAAAGUUUUCAGAUUCCUAGAUCUUGAAGACAGUUCUAGCAAGAUGGUAUAUGCCUAUAACAGUUGUACUGUAACUGAAUUACUCGUUCAGAAAGAACUUUUACAAAGUUUUCUAGUUCAUUUAUACUCUUUUAUUUCAUCAGAAGAAAUUCACAUUCUCUUUUAGUUUUUGUUUAGACUAUGGAUCUGUGUCUUUGCCAUUUUUUACGUAACUAUUGUUUUAAUUGACUCGUGAUAUUCAUCCGAAACAGUGUCAUCUUUGCAUGCAUGUAAAGUUUCAAUUAGUCCUUGAAUAUCUUGAUUUUCUUUGGCCAUUAAUCCUAGAUGAUCUUGAUAAAUGAGAGGCAUAUAUCCUUUGUGCUCAUCUUUUGAUUUCGAUUCACCCGAUCCUUCUUUGCUAUAGCUCUCCAAGUAGUAGCCAUUUCUCUUUCUUGUCCACGUUGCUAUAGCAAGUGGCUGGAAGUUUUGUACUGGUAGCUGGGAUAUACCGAAUAUCGUACCGAAUUUGUCUAUAUUUGGUAUUAUCAGAUACACUUAUUAUUUCUUGGGAUUGUGAUUGAGAUUGAAUUUCAAUUGUUAUUCGAUAUUAGGAAUUACGGGAUUGUGAUCGGUAUUAUACCGAAAUACCGAUCAAUACUGAAAUAUAAGCUAGUGCAUAUUUUAUCCUCAACUAAACUAUCUCAUUCACUACUACACGAACCUCAACCACCAAGAGUGUUAUUUAAUUAUACAUAGAUCAUUCCAUCACUAUAAUAGUAGUGUCACAGUCUCCAAUUCGUCAAAUUAAAGAUUACUAAUGACAAGAACUUGAGAUGUCUCAUCUCCUCCAUUCUCUUUAAUGAUAUCCUAAUUCAAGAUUCUUUGCUUAGCCUUUUCCCCCUAAAUUAAAUAAUAAAAUCUAAUUUAUAUAUUUAAUUAUUAAUUGUAAAGGUAAUUAAUUUCGCAUUCGAUAAUACCGAUUGAGAUACCGAAGUAUCAUUUGGGAUACCGAAAUAUUUAGGAAUUUGGAUUGGGAUACCGGAAUUUGUUAGGAUAGGGAUUAAGAUUGAGAUUGACUUUAAUGAUGUAAUUCGAUAUUUAAUAUUUGGUAUUGGGAUACCGAUACCGUACCCAUUUCCAACCCAUAGCAAGUGUUGAUGCAUGCCCAAAACACAACGGAAAACCCGAAACAGCGACCGUUUUGUUAUUACCGCCAGCGUAUCCACCUACCCCAUCACAACACAAAUUGCACAAUUUUCAUUUCCUCGGUCAUAUCGACCAAAUCUACUCCUCAAAUACCACGCGCUGUCCUCCCACCACGCGCCGCUGCAGUCCACCACCGAGACAAUAAAAAGGAGCAGGCGAGGAGGAAAAAAAAAAUUAAAAAAGGCGCUGAUUUCUGGUACACAGAAUACGGCCUCCAAUCUUUCUUCUUCUUCUUCUUCUGUUCUCGCCCUCUCUCCGCCAAAAAGCCGAAAACUAAACAGAAGAAAAAGAUGUCGAUGAAGCUUUCUGCCUGCAAUGUAACGGACAGAAUCCACGCCCUUCUUCCCCAAUGCAGAUUCCUCGCCCCAUGCUCCCGCCCUUUCCCUCCCCUUCGCAACCUCGUUCUCUCCUCCUCCGCCGCCACCGUCUGCAAAGCGUCGGUGCAGUCGGUUGACGGCGGGGUGGCGUCAAAAAUUGAAUCUGGGUCGGCGACGGCGAGGGGGAGCUUCGCCGAUACGCUGAGACUGGGGAGCUUGACGGAGGAUGGGUUGUCGUAUAAGGAGAAGUUCAUAGUGAGGUGCUAUGAAGUAGGGAUUAACAAGACAGCCACUGUUGAGACCAUUGCUAAUCUCUUACAGGAGGUCGGGGGCAACCAUGCUCAGAGUGUUGGAUUUUCAACGGACGGGUUUGCAACAACUCCCACCAUGAGGAAAUUGCAUCUCAUUUGGGUGACUGCGCGCAUGCACAUUGAAAUCUACAGAUACCCAGCUUGGAGUGAUGUAGUUGAGAUCGAGACGUGGUGCCAAAGUGAGGGUAGGAUUGGUACCCGGCGUGACUGGAUCAUAAAGGACUAUGCUACUGGUGAAGUUAUUGGAAGAGCUACGAGCAAGUGGGUGAUGAUGAACCAAGAUACUAGGCGGCUUCAGAAAGUCAAUGAUGAAGUUCGUGAGGAGUACCUAGUCUUCUGUCCACGAGAACCAAGAUUAUCAUUCCCAGAGGAAAACAACCGCAGCUUGAAGAAGAUUUUAAAACUAGAAGAUCCUGCUCAACAUUCUAGACUGGGACUAAUGCCAAGAAGAGCUGAUCUGGACAUGAAUCAACACGUCAACAAUGUGGCGUAUAUUGGAUGGGUUCUUGAGAGCAUGCCUCAAGAAGUGAUCGACACACAUGAACUGCAAACAAUCACCCUGGAUUACAGAAGAGAAUGCCAGCAAGACGAUGUAGUCGAUUCACUCACUAGCGUGGAACCGGUUGACGGCAAGACAAAUGGGUCGGCCUUGUCACCUGCUGAGGGAUCCCUCAACUUCCUUCACCUGCUUAGACUGGCAGGUGAGCAAGGGCUCGAGAUAAACCGAGGACGCACGGAAUGGAGAAAGAAACUAGGGAGAUGAAAGAGCCAUCACCUUAGCAGUACAUUUAUGUAACUUCCAGAUACCUUUCUUCAUUACAGUUUAGGAGCUGGUUUGUUUGCCUUUUCCCUUGUGUGCGCUUUUUGCUUGGUGAGUGGGCUAGUUACUUAUUUGUAGUUGGAGGUGCUUCGUUAUGACAAUAUAGAGGAGAGACGAAAGAGUCGCUUAUCCAUAGACAUUCGAGCUAGCUGAUUGUCACAAGUCACAACGCAACUCCAGAUGAACAAAGUGGUGUACCCAUAUAUGACUAUUUGAUGCACUCAACUCUAAAAGUGAUCAUGAUACAUCGAAUGUUGAACUUUAAUUGAUAGUAUUAUUAUAAUAUGAUGAUCGAAUGUUGAACUUUUCUAAAAGUGAUCAUGAUACAUCGAAUGUUGAACUUUAAUUGAUAGUAUUAUUAUAAUAUGAUGAUCGAAUGUUGAACUUUAAUUGGUAGCAUUAUUAUAAUAUGAUGAUAUAACAUAGAAUCACAAUUAAUUAAUUCAUUAUCAUAAUUUUUUAACUUUCAAUUUUGAAUCCCAAUCCAAAACCUCAAGUUGUAAACCUAAAUCCUUCAAAUUAAAGCAAAUCUUGAACAUUUUUUUUUAAAUUCAUGUGUUUCUAUACCAGAGAAAUUAGACAUCACCAUGAAUAUACAAAUAAAAUUACCAGAGAAAUUAGCAUUAAUAUCUUAUAGAGUUUGGCAACUUUGUUGCUGUCUUCUCUCCCCACCUUUUCCCCCACGUCAAUCUCUAUAGUUGGCUUGUCUAUCUUUCACUAUCCCGUCCUCUUCCUCUGUUGUUAUCGUAGAUGUCUCUUAUUCAGUGGUGGAUCCAGAAAUUUUAUACAGAAGUGUUCUCUCCUAAAAAUUAAAUUAAAUUAAAAUUAAAUAAUUAUUAAUUAAGAAAAUAUCUGACUUGUCCAAAGGAAAACAAAGCACAUGACGUGUUUGGGUUUAAUCGUUAGCUUUUGAAAAUAAUUGAGAUAAAAAAUAGCUUUUUACUAUUAUAUUUGGAUUUGAAAUACAAGAACAAAUGAGUUAUAGUCUAAUGAAAAAUAUGUUUACCAAUAAUAGCAUCGACCCAAGUUUAAAUCACAUAGGCAACCACUUAAAUGUUUAUAUUUACCCAUACACAAACUACUAUUGGAGGAUUAUAAUUGUUUUUCCAAAUUUUACGAGUGUCCCGCCACCACUUAAAUAUUUUUUUUACCUAUAUGCAAACUACUAUCGGGGGUUGAAUAAUGGUGUUCCCAAAUUUUAGGGUGUCCCGGGACACCCCUAGAGCCCCAUGGAUCCGCCACUGCUCCUACUAGCUAGUGAUCCUUCCCGUCCGUCACUGGCACUUCUUACUCCACCAUUAAAAGAGCUGGCACAUUAAAAUUUCAAUUCAUCU